AUGGCAUCCCCACCUAGAAAUCCUACUCCAGCCAUCGAUGGUGAUGUCCACAACGAUGCUACAGCACCUGUACCAGCAGACCCAAAUCUGGCCAUCAUCGUUCAUCCAAUCAACUUUGAAGCUGUUCCUAUCAGCUACAUUGAGCCCGGCGACGAGCUGAACCCGAUUGACCCAGACAACUUUGAUUUUGUGGGUCCCUCUUCCACCGCCGGAAGAUUUCCAACGCGCCGGUCAAAGCGCACGAACCCGUUUCCAGAUCUGAACACUGCGGUGCCACAACGCCGAAGAGGAGAAAACUCUCCCCGGAGAGGAAGCAGAGGUGGAAGAAGAGGAAGCAGAGGUGGCCGCACUCCAGUCCAGUCAAACCCACGAAGAGGUCUUCAUCUGGUAGAUGAAGAAACUGAUGACGAAGCAGGGGAUCCUACCUUUGCUGCACCACAGGCUCCAGCCUUGUCCUCCAGCUCCUCUGAGUCUUCAUCCAACAACUCACCUUCCCCAGCAUCAACUCAGGGGGAGACGUCGCAGCCCAGCAUGGCAACAGCAGCCUCUCAACAUUCUGUUCCUGAAGGUGUUGCUGCACCUGUUUCAGAAGGUGUUGCUGCACCUGUCUCUGAAGGUGUUGCUGCACAUGCUCCAGAAGAUGCUGCUGCACCUACUGCUUCAGCAAAUGUUCCUCAGAAUGCUGCUGAGGAUGCUGCCCCUUAUCAGGAUGAAGAAAUGCCUGAUUUCUCUGGAAUGUCAUCAGCAGAGCAUGUAGACAUUCCAUUUGUCGAUGCUCAGGAGUUCACCACUACAGAAGAAACUCCAUCAGCACCUCAGGGAGAUCCUCUGGAAACCCUGGCAGAAGCAGCAGCUCAAGCAGAUACAAUUCCUCCUCAGGCUGAAGAAUCAGAGAAAAGUGAAGACAGUUGGGAGGAAGAAGGUGUUGCCCCACGUGCUGCAUCACCUGAACCAGCAUAUGUCCCUGAUGAGCUUGAAGAUUCAGAAGAUGAUGAUUCCUCAGAAGAAGAAGAACCAGACCUGGAUGGGAAGAACUUGUCAACCCCUUUUGAGGUAACAAAUGCCUUCAGUCCUAAUUUCUAUUUUGAGUCUGAUUCACUGUUGAGUCCUCAAGUCAUGAAUUGUCAUUUCAUUGAGGAAAAGAAAAUUUCUAAGGAAGAAUUUGAUAGGCAUAGGAUAACAGCUUUUCUUCACCAAAGAAAAAUCCUUAACCUAGUUGAGAUUGCCUGCUCUUAUGAUCCCUUGGUUGUGAAGGAGUUUUAUGCCAACUUGCAAACCUCAUUUUUAAAGAAAAACUCUCCAAAUUUUGGUAAAGUACUCACAGUGGCUAAUUGGAUUCCAUCCAAAAAUGUCUCUGUGGUAACUAAGCCUCAUGCUGUACUCAUGUACAAAUUGGGGAUGGGUUUACCAGUGGAUUUUGGCAAACUGUUCUUUGAUACUAUUGGUCAUCUUGCCCAGAAAAUUUCACCCUCCACUCACCUCCCCUAUCCUUCUCUCAUCUAUUCCAUCUUACUCUCUCAAAACUUGGGCCAAGAUGACUCAGAAUAUCUUCACACCCCACAAGGUCAAAAUAACAUUGGUACUGAGGGUGUUGCACCUCAUGUUGACAACACUUCUAACCUUCUUGUGUCUGUUCCUAGAGAUCUUCUAUUGCAGCAGCUUACUCAUUCUCUAGCUCAGAUCACCUAUCAUCAGUCCAUGGUGGAGAUGAUUCAGAAGGCUCUUUCUGAUCAAAAAGGGGGAGAAAAAGAUCAUGAAACUGAAGCAGGAACAUCUCAUCCUUUGGAUGCUAGAGGCAGAGAGAAUGAAGAGGAAGCAAAGAAAGAAGGGGAAGCUCAAGAAGAAAGCAGUGGAUCUAGUGAUGGAGGAGGAGCAGCAGCUGAAACUGAGGAGACCUUGGAGACUUUGGAUAUUUUACUUUAG